AGGGCUGCGAGUAUCAAGUUAAAAGCAAUUAAAAGAAAAAGGUCUGGUGCCUGAGGGAAGCUCCUUUCCUUAGGUUGCUGAUUUGCUCCAACUAAGGUUGGAUUUUGGUCUCGGAUUUCGUUACGCGAAGUCGGUGCAGUCACACGACUUACGUCAAGAUUCAGAAAUUCUCGAGAUUGUUGCAGUCUAAUUAGCCACCAAGAGGCUGUUACUGGAUUUUCGGAUCCGUUUCGUUCGUUUCAUUUCGACUCUUUUAUAGUGGGAAAAACCAUACAGGGGUUUAACAAAAAGAUUGUGCCUAUCUAAAGGUAUGAUUGUUGGCAGUUUGAAUAAUCAAAGGAAUACAUUUAAAGCCUUGAAAAUAAAAUGGAUUCAGAAAGUAAAACACAUGACACCAAUAAUGAUUCUGAGGUGAAACUUUCUGACACCCAAGAUUCUAAGGAAUCUAGGAAAGUACAAGCAGAUUUUUUAGAGAAUCCAAAUCAGAAUGAAGUUAAAAGAAGUAUCUCCAGAAGUGAAGUAUAUGCUACUAGUGAGACAUCAACAGAAAAAUCUAAUCGUAGCACAGAUGAAAGUUCAAGUAAACGACAAAAAUUAAAUGAAAGUGGGAGCAAUACAACUGCUAGAAACGUAAGUGAUGAUAUACUUACGUUUCAAAGAAAUGAAUUAAAAGUAGAACAGCAAAAUUAUUGCAAGGAACAAAAUACAACUGAGGACAUUUCUUGGAACUCUUUGUUUAAUGAGAUAACAAGAGAAGCUCCCAUUCUUAAUGUAUUUGAAGGAAAUAUUGCAUCUGCCAAUACUGAAAAUGAUUCAGCUCAGAAAGAACCAUCAAAUAGAAGUUCAGAGAUUAACAUAUUAGGAUCAGAAACGUUUAAUGUUGAAUCUGAUCGAUACAAAAAUGAGAGAGCUGACUCGGACGAAUGCUCUACUGCUAACAAUGAUGAAUUGAAUGAAGAAGAAGAAGAUGAGGAUGAGGAUGAAGCAAUACCUCAUUGCUUAAAAGUAACAAAAUCGCCUCCUAAUUGGUUCAUUGUGCCAGAAGUAAUAAAUCGCCAAAUAGGUAGCAAUUCGUUAUUCCAAAGACGGUUCUAUGGUUCUUUACAUGCAGUAGAGCGUCUCGAAUUUAUGCAUGAUUUUAAUGCGUGUGAGAAUUUCAUAAGGAGUUUAAAUUUCAAUAGAAAAGGAAAUUUAUUAGCGAGUGCCUCUGCUGAUUUAGUUUCUAUUUGGGAUUGGGCUGCAAAGGAAAAGCGUCAUUGCUUUACAAGUAGUCAUAUCUACAAUGUGUCACAUGUCGAGUGGUUGCCAUUAGAUGUGGAAAAUUUUAUGGUCACUUCUGGUGGAGAUGGUAUGAUACGCUUAUGGAAUCUUGAGUGCGACACAUCCGAACAAUUGAUGAAGCAUGAUGGAUUUUCGGAAAAAUUGGCUGUGCAUCCUGAAAUACCGUAUGAGGUUUUUUCUGUUGGAAUUGAUUCGAGGGUAUUGUUCAGAGAUAUCCGGGAGAGCGAACCAAACGAGUUACUUGUAGUAACAGAACGUUCAGGGGUGAGGCUACAUAGUAUACAUUUAAAUCCUUCUAAUAGCAAUGAAUUUUGCGUCAGCGGCCUUUCAUACUGCGUGAGGGUGUACGAUCGGCGAAAAGCUACGAAGCCGCUUUAUAAAUUGUCGUCCGAUUAUGUAAAAGAGGAUGGGCACGCGUUUAUAAAAUCCGCUAUAUAUAAUCACAACGGAACAGAAAUUCUCGCAUUGUUAAAUAACGUUUAUGUAUUGUUAUAUGAUAAAUUAAUGUGGUCAUGUGAAAAAAAUUACUCUCAUAUGUACCAAAGCCCCAGAUUUGCGGCUCUAGACCUGAGAUUAGUAAACAGUCUCAAUUACUUCGGACCUAAAAGUGAAUUUGUUAUGUGUGGAUCCUUUGAUGGUGAAGUAUUCUUUUAUGACAAAGAUACUGAAGCUGUUAUACAGUGGUUGACACUAUACGACAGCAAUAUAUUAUUUAACAGAAAAGUUGAAUGCUUAGUGGGUCAUCCGCAUAUUCCCAUUCUUGCGACAACAAGCAGAUCCAGUGUUAGGAUAUGGUCACCUUCGAGCAGAGAACCUCCGACAAAAUCAACAUUCAUGAAUAAUCUUCAUACACUUUGCGAAAUAGAUUCAGAUGAAGGCGAAGACGACGACGACGACGACGAUGAGCGUCUCUCCAUCAGCGACAGUAACAUUAAUUUUGGCUUCCACUAUGAUGACAGUUCUUCCUACGACUCUGAUGAAUUUCAUUCACAUUGGUAGUCAGUCAGAAGGCAACAACUUUUGAACAAUAUGGUAUUCUCUAUCUUAAAAUUAUUGCUUAAUGCGAUUUGAUAUCAUUGAUGGUAGUUAUCAAUGGUAGAUAUACAGUGUACCAAAUAUUUUUUCAUAACUAAGAGGUAAAAACGGCAAAAUGAGUGCAGUUCAAUGAUUGAUCCACAAAUAAAACAGUGAAUUAAAUAGUCAAUUAGGAAAAAAAAAUAUAAAUCAUUAAUAAUAGAUAUUUUAUUCAUGUAUUACUUAACACAUGGUAUAUUCAUAUUUGCCGUUGUUCUCUUUUAAUGUCAAAUAUUGUGAGUCGCUUAUAACUUUUGCAUUUUUUUACAUAUUGAUCAUUUCAUGAUUACAAUAAAUUUUACUGGAUGACUUUACGCAGCAGGUGGAUUAUGGAAUGGAUAAUACCGCACAAUGUAUUAAAGAAGAUGCGUUUUUUUACUUACGAUUAAUGUUUUAUAUAAACAAGAAAUAAUUGGUGUGUAGCGUGAACUAUAUACACAUAAGUUUGCUACAUUACAAUUAUUGAACCUUGAACAAACACGAAGAUUACAUUUUGAUAGUGUAUGUAUAUGAUUUAUAAUAACCGAGAGAAGAGAGUGAGAAAUACAUGUUUUAUAAUAGGUUGCAAAUACGUUUAAUUUUUUGAUAACUUUACGGGCACUUGUGUACAGGGAUUUUUUUGCUAAGUAAGCGCAC